AUGGCUUUCGGCUUUGGGUCUUCUACGUCGCAACCUCAGCAGGGAGGUGGCUUGUUCGGCACCUCGACACAACCACAGCAGACUGGUGGCUUGUUUGGGAAUCUUAGCCAACCUCAGCAACAAUCUAGUGGUCUUUUCGGUAGCCUCGGGCAGAGUACGCAACAACAGCCGCAACAGCAGACCGGAAUAUUUGGUGCUUCUGCUCAACAACCACAGCAACAGUCAGGCAGCCUAUUUGGAAGUCUGGGACAGAGCAUGCCACAACAGUCGCAACAACAGUCUGGCGGACUUUUCUCUGGUCUUGGGCAAAGCACGCAGCAACAACCUCAGCAGCAGUCGAGUGGAUUAUUUCCUGGCCUGGGACAGAGUACUCAGCCAAAACCUGGUUUUCUGGGAGGAACCCAAAGCACCCAGCAGCAACAACAACAACCGCCUUUCGGCCAGAGCACAAUCCAACAGCUGCCAACAUUGCAGCUAGGGCAGAGCCAGCAAAAUCUGCUCGGACAGUCGCAAGGACCACCGUCGUUAUGGGAGGAAGGUCGUGGUCUCUCAGUCUACCGCAGUGUUCCCGAGCAGAUGAAGAUUGUCAAGGAGAAAUGGGACCCUAGUUCUUUAAGCUCUUCUCUACGAACAUAUCUCUACCAACGCGUGGACGAACAGAACGCCCCAUUUUAUCAACCGGGGCCUGGCGAAGAUCCAAAUAAAUGGGAAGAGGCAGUUGCAAAAAGACCAGGGCCAGACUGUGUGCCGGCGCUGGCGAGGGGCUUCUGGGAUCUUGGGAAGCGGGCACAGCGACAGCGAGAAUUUAUUGAGAAGAUCAAUAUUCGUCUACACGAUAUCAAUCAAUCCUUGGAUGCCCAGUUACAGCUACAUUCGCAAAACAUCGCAGCAAGAUUGGCGGAGUGUCGGCGAAAACAUACUGUUGCUUCCCAGCGCACCAUUGUUCUGGCUGCGAAGAUCCAAAUUUUGCGCAACAGAGGUUAUGUAAUGGACAAUGCGGAGGAGGAACUGAAGAUGAAGCUGUCGAAGCUCGAAAGAGAGGUGUUUGACCCGAGUUUGAAUGGCCGGGAACAAGAGAUCUGGGCUAGAAUGUUGGGUAUCCGGGAACGAGCAAGGAGGUUACAAAAGGAGAUAGACAAGACAACUCCAACAGUCGAUCAGGCGUCUUCGCUUGAUGAGGAUACGGUGCAGGCAGCUAAGAAGGCGCUCGAAGCGUAUGACGUGCAGCUUCGGCAUCUUCAAAAAGAGAUGCAACUGGUUCAAGAGGAGUACGAGGAUUGGGAGAAAGGCUUGAAGCCAGAAAUGAGCAAGUCUGGCAUCUAUGGAUGA